CUCACCAUUACCUACUGUCGAAGCAGUGGCCCUGGGGGCCAGAAUGUUAAUAAAGUAAACACACAAGCUGAAGUCCGGUUCCACAUACAAACAGCUGAUUGGAUUCCUGAAGAUGUGCGACAAAAGAUUAUUUCUCAGAUCGCCUCACCAUUACCUACUGUCGAAGCAGUGGCCCUGGAGGCCAGAAUGUUAAUAAAGCAUACAAACCGAAUAAACAGAAGUGGGGAGCUGAUCGUCACCUCGGAAGUGAGCCGGUACCAGAUGCGCAAUCUGUCUGACUGUUUGCAGAAGAUCCGAGACAUGAUCGCUGCUGCCAGCGUGAAACACAGGCAGCCUUCCCAAGAAGACGUGGCUCUCCGACGCUACAGGAUAGACAAAAUGAACCGAGAACGCCUGCAGCAAAAGAAAAUGCACACUGCAGUGAAGCGAAGCCGACGCGAGGAGUUUGAUUGAAGGUGAUGCCAGGAUAUGAAGGCUGGCUGCAUUGAAGCAAUCUGUAAAGAAUAAAUGAAUGACUUG